ACGCCGCGUGUGUUUCAGCGUGAGAGCAGCAGCGUGGUGAUCGAGGUGGAAACGUGAAGGCUCCAGAGGUGUGCGCAAUAACUGCACUAAGGCGCUGCCAAAAUGCUCGUGUUGUUUGAAACCGCAGCUGGAUAUGCAAUAUUCAAAGUCCUCAAUGAAUCCAAACUGCAGCAGGUCGACAGCCUGUAUAAGGAGUUUGAAACUCCCGAAAAAGCCAAUAAAAUCGUUAAGCUGAAGCAUUUUGAGAAGUUCCAGGACACAACAGAGGCCUUAGCAGCUGCGACUGCCCUUGUUGAGGGAAAACUUGGCAAGAGUCUGAAGAAGGUCUUGAAGAAAGUUGUUGCCAAGGAAGCUCAUGAGCAGCUGGCUAUUAGUGAUGCAAAACUCGGUGGUGUUAUCAAAGAAAAACUGGACCUGAGCUGUGUCCACAGCCCUGCUGUGGCUGAACUGAUGAGAUGCAUCAGGGGUCAGAUGGAGAGCCUCAUCACUGGACUUCCUCCCAGGGAGAUGAGUGCUAUGUCUUUAGGGUUGGCUCACAGUUUAUCCCGGUACAAGCUGAAGUUCAGUCCUGACAAGGUGGACACAAUGAUUGUGCAGGCUAUUUCUCUUCUGGAUGACCUGGACAAAGAACUUAAUAAUUACAUAAUGCGUUGCAGAGAGUGGUAUGGCUGGCAUUUCCCUGAGCUGGGAAAAGUGAUCACAGACAACUUAGCCUACUGCAAGAGUGUCCGCAAGAUAGGUGAUCGCACAAACGUCGCCGGCUCUGAUCUAUCAGAUAUCCUCCCAGAGGAGAUCGAGGCCGAGGUUAAACUGGCUGCUGAAAUCUCCAUGGGAACAGAAGUGUCAGAGGAGGACAUUGGCAACAUCAGGCACCUAUGUGAUCAGGUGGUAGAGAUUUCAGAAUACCGGGCUCAGCUCUACGACUACCUGAAGAACAGAAUGAUGGCAAUCGCUCCCAACCUCACUGUAAUGGUGGGGGAGCUGGUUGGCGCCCGUCUCAUCUCACAUGCAGGUUCCCUUCUGAAUCUGGCAAAGCAUCCAGCCUCCACAGUCCAGAUCCUUGGAGCAGAGAAGGCUCUUUUUAGAGCCCUGAAGACGCGCAAAGACACACCCAAGUAUGGUCUCAUAUACCAUGCUUCUCUAGUGGGCCAGACAACUGCUAAGAACAAGGGCAAGAUUUCCAGGAUGCUGGCAGCUAAAGCAGCCCUGGCUAUUCGCUAUGAUGCUCUCGGAGAAGACACAAAUGCAGAAAUGGGUGCAGAGAACCGUGCAAAGCUGGAGGCCAGACUACGUCAGUUGGAAGAUAAGGGGAUCCGAAGAAUCAGUGGAACAGGCAAAGCAAUGGCAAAGGCAGAUAAAUACCAGCACAAGAGUGAAGUGAGAAUUUAUGAUCCGUCAGGUGAUUCUACGAUUCCGUCCACAUCGAAGAAGAGGAAGUUUGAGGAGGUAGAAGAAGAGGAUGCCACAGAGCCCACGACACCAGCAGUCAAACCCAAAAAGGCAAAACAGGAGUCGGUAAUAGAAGAAGAAGAACAAGCAGGAACAUUAGUGGCAGCAGAGACCCCGAAGAAAAAGAAGAAGAAAAAGAAGGAUAAGAAAGCAGAGGAGGAAAUGGAAGAACCAAAGGAAGAAGAGGUGACAGCAGUUACUGAGACAACAGAGAAGAAGAAAAAAAAGAAAAAGAAGGUAAAGGAGGAGCAGGAAGAAGAUUGAAAAGAGAGGAGAGUGUAAAUAGAUUUUUGUUUUUUUGUCUUUUACUUUUAUUAUUCAAUUAUAUUUUCUGAGGACAAUACAGUAUUGAGUGCCUGUCUGUGGACAUCUGAAAAGAAGUUCAAAGUAAACAUCAGAGUAAUCAUUAGAUCUCAUUAUUUUCUCUGGUCAUAAAGAGACUGUACAAUAAAAGUCUUUUUUUUUUUUUUUUUCUUCAAAGAUGUUUAAGCUUAAUCUACCAGAAGCCUGUGUAGACGAACAUUUGUUUUAUUCAUGAAGAGAUCUAGUUUUGUCAUGAGUUCAGUACAGAUUUCCCAGUUCUCUUGUGAUAAACA